CAAAAGGCUUUUCUGAGCCUCAAGUUGACUGACUUCAGAACAAAAGAAAACCUGUUCUGACUCGAAACGAAUCGUCAUAUACAACCUCUUGUUCGAAACUCCCGCCAAUAUUGAGCUUGCUCAACUCUUGAGCUCAUCUGCUCCCCCAACUCAAAAGAGACACUUUUGUGAUCAAAAGUUUCAGCCCAGAAGAUCCAAGAGUUUCACUCUCCACCUGAGCAUUCUCGAGAACAGUGAGCGUUGAACUCUGUUCAACAUGUCUUCAAACUUUGUGCUUCUUGCGUUGCUCUCAGCCGCUGUCUUUCCCUCUGGUCACAAGUCGACUCCAAUCUUAUCCUUACAUUCUGCAACCAAUUCAUCCAGUAACUUUCCAAGCCAAAGAUCAUGUGGUCAAGUUGACAACGGUGUGGAGCAAUCCUUAACCAAUGUUACCCGGAAUACCACAUUCGAUCCCAAACUCUUUGGGGUUGACCCGAGUCUAUUUCCAUGGCUCGUUCAAGUACAUGUUGGUGAGAAUAACGAGGAAUGUGCGGGUGUAUUUGUAUCUUCCAAGACUGUUAUCACUAGUGCCCAUUGCGUCUUUGGGCAUCCCAAGAGUGAUAUUGAACUGAUCACCAACGACCACAGGAGUAUAUCGGUUCAGACCAUCGUCAUUCAUCCUGAUUUUGAAGCCGAGAGUCCAUCUCACGAGCACGACAUUGCCCUCCUCCAAGUGCAAGAUUUCGACGAGGGCCUCAAGAUUUGUCUACCCGAAGUAGGCGAUGAUCCUGUAGCAAGAUGCCAAGUCCUAGCCUGGUCCGACGGAGAGCUGUUGGCUCAUAAAACACAAUUUGAGCCUAGCCUUAGUUGCAUGGAGACCCCCCAGUUGAGGGGUUACAUAACCUCGUCGGAAGAUUUGGUUUGCUCAAGUCAACCAUGCCUGAAGGAAGUUCAAGGUCCUGUAUUUUGCCUCGAUCAAGGAAGCUAUCAACUGGUUGCGUUGCCUACAUCAUCGGAAUCGUGGUGCUCGGUUGGUGCUAUGACGAGAGUGGCCCGUUAUGGACCAUGGAUCAAGAACUCAUUGUCCUUCUUGGCUGAAUCGUUCCCUCAAUUGGAUCGAAGGGAAAAUGCCUCUGCUUUGGAUGAUGACGAGGACGACGACGUUGAGAGCAGCGAUCCUUGCAUGCGCAAUCCGUGCGGAACUAGUUCCGCUUGUUGGAGCUCGGGAGGCAAUUACCGAUGUACUUGUCCGGAUGAUCUGCCGAACGGCAAUCCUUACUAUAGUUGUCAUGAAUGCCUGUACGACGAGCAUUGCCUGGUAUUCGGCCCCACCUCGAAUUGCGUCAACAAGACUUGCUCAGAUCCCAUUACCGUCAUUCCCACGGUCCCCAAUGACUACGUCAAAGUCGGUUCCAAAUCUUACUACAUCAGUCCAGAGAGCCUCCCUUGGCCCCAGGCCCAAUAUGAAUGUCUUAACCGGUUGGGACAUUUAGCAGAGAUCGCCAGCCACGACGAUCUCGACAACUUGGUGGAGGUCCUGAAGAAAUCCAAUUCAUCGGGGAGGUAUUGGGUGGGAGCGAGUGACUUUGAACAGGAGGGUCAAUUCCGUUGGUUUCACAAUGGCACCGAGGUUAGCUCUCGCAAUUGGAUUCAGGGAGAGGUUCCGGACAAAGACAAAGAUCAGAGGUGCAUUCAAGUCGGUGCCCAGGGGGGAAAUUGGAUAGCUCAUAGUUGCGAGUUCUUAUCUCGCUUUGUAUGUGAAUACAGCGAAAAUCUCGCCGAAAACAGCCAACCAUCAAACGACUUGUCCGGGAACGCCAGAAGCGAGCGACAACGCAAAUUUGACACUUUGAACCCCAGGGCCAACUACAAGGACAUCUGCGGCCGAAGGUUCAUCCGACAAGCCCGUAUUGUGGGCGGAGGAGUCUCUAGCUACGGAGAAUGGCCCUGGCAAGUGUCUUUGCGACAGUACAAGAAUGGAGAGUUCCGACACAAAUGUGGAGCUGCUCUUCUCACUCACAAUUGGGUCCUCACGGCUGCCCAUUGCGUCAAGGAUAUCUCUCCGAGUAACCUCCUUGUCAGGAUAGGCGAGUACAAUGUGUUGGAUAGCAAUGAGGCACACGAACAUGUCAACCGAAGGAUCACGCGAGUCAUUACCCACGUCAAUUUUGACAAGUUCAGCUACGAGUAUGACAUUGCCCUUCUCCGAUUGGUGAACCGAGUUGAAUUCCAACCCAAUAUCAUCCCGAUCUGCUUGCCCAGUCCAGACCAGGAACUUGUUGGCCGAACAGGCACUGUGACUGGCUGGGGUAGACGAUCGGAAUAUGGAAAUAUCUCGCCUGUUCUCCGAGAAGUGCAUCUUCCUAUUAUUUCCAACUCUAAAUGCAUGACACUCUACCGUAAAUCCGGCCAGAAUGAAUGGAUCCCAAGGAUUUUUGUUUGUGCAGGCACCUCAAACGGUGGAGCCGAUUCCUGCGAAGGAGACAGUGGCGGCCCUAUGGUGAUCAAGGGCCAAAAUGGCCGAUAUGAGCUAGCUGGCGUCAUCAGCUGGGGUAUUGGGUGUGGAGACCGAAAUCGGCCGGGAGUUUACACGCGGAUAUCCGAAUUCAAAAACUGGAUCGUUCGUAAUGCCAAUUAUUGACGAGUCUGUCCUUUCUCUUGUAGUUAUUUCUCUUCUAUCGUCAUUGAAGAGAUUUAUUAUUUUAAUCUGGUUUAUGAUUGUGACCAGAGGUCUAAUUGAGGAUAAACUUCGGAUUGUCUGUGUGUAAAUCUAUAGUGUAAUCAAAGAAACCUAGAAAUAAACACUAAACUAUGGCCUUA